CAAGCAACUGAUAUAAGCUUAGAACAAGAAUCUUACAUCAAAGUAAUGGAAAAAACUACUGCAAUAAUUAAUGAAUUAAAAAAUAUGAAAGCAAAGGUUUCUGUGAUCAUUACUGAUAGUGCUAGUUCAUAUGCA